AUGAUGACAUCCAAAGAAGUGGCCAAAUGUGAUGCAGUGGAAAACAGGAGGCGAAGUCCGCUGGACCACUUGCCGCCUCCUGCCAACUCCAACAAGCCGCUGACCCCCUUCAGCAUCGAGGACAUCCUGAACAAACCGUCUGUGAAACGAAGUUACACCAUUUGCGGCACAGCUCAUCUAAUUUCGUCCUCUGAGAAGCACCGUCCGUCCAGCAUCCCUCUGUCCAGCCGGGCUCUGCUCAACCAAACCUCCCCGCUCUGCGCGCUGGAGGAGCUGGCCAGCAAGACCUUCAAGGGUCUUGAAGUCAGCGUUUUACAGGCUGCGGAAGGCCGGGACGGGAUGACUCUCUUCGGCACGAGAAGCACCCCGAAGAAGCGUCGGAAGUCUCGGACGGCGUUCACCAAUCACCAAAUCUACGAGCUGGAGAAGCGCUUCCUGUACCAGAAGUACCUGUCCCCGGCCGACCGGGACCAGAUCGCACAGCAGCUGGGCCUGACGAACGCGCAGGUCAUCACGUGGUUUCAGAACCGGAGGGCCAAGCUAAAACGGGACCUGGAGGAGAUGAAGGCCGACGUGGAGUCGGCCAAGGCCGUCGGCCAGGUCCCAUUGGACAAACUCGCCAAACUGGCGGACCUGGAGAAAUGCGCCAACGGCACGCUGGGCCACCCGCGACCCAAUUCCCCCGCGCGGGUCAGCCAGAAGGAUCACGAGCUCGCUCAGAAACUGCGGAAUUCGCCGCUGUCUCCGUUCUCAGACCACACAACUAGUAAAGAGUGCUCAGAGGACGAGGACGUAGAGAUUGAUGUGGAUGACUGA